AAGGCAAACAAAACAGAGGUGAUCCACUACAACCAAAUUAAUCCAGCAAGCUAAGGCUCAGAUCACUGUGGAUAUGUCCAAAUCCUCCAUGAGACCAAGCUGCAGUGAAACAGAAUGAACCAUGUCUAAGAAUACCUAAAAUUGUGAGGAAGAAUUGGAACAGAAACCAGUGUUUAAAACAACUAAUUUAAGAGAGAAAAAGAAAAUCUAUGCCUGUAUCCCCAUUGCCUUAUCUACAUUGGGUUUUAUGAGCACAUUAUUAUUAAUUUGAGGAAUAGUUUGUUUCUUAACUUUAUUCUAGCAUUUAUUCCAUGGAGAUAAAAUGUAUUAUGAAAACAUGAAUGGAGUGCUUUUAAAAGACAUUUUUCAUGGCAAGUGAGGAAUUGAUUUGAGCCAAUUUUUCUCGUAUUCAACUGUGAAAUAUAAUCCAAUAUAACAGCAAUGUCAUUAGAUCUCUCAUCUGAGUGUGAGUGUCCUGUUUGGAGGGUCCUCCGAAUGAGUCUGAUUGGAACACCUGUUCCAACGAGAGUGGUAAUGGCUCUUGACAUUCAAGAUCAAGGAAGAAAUCCAUGCUUUCUUCUAGUAUGCAGUGCUUUCCUUCUCAGUGUUGUCCCACCAAGGCAGAGAGUGGUAACAAAGAAGACUCAGCAGUUCCUCCCUCAGAUGAGGAAAGCUAUGUGGGGUCUUCUCAAAACAAUCAUCUAAUUUUGAGCCUUGAGGAUAUCAAAAGGAAAAUCAAGCCAUUGAGAGAGUGGACUAUCCAUGAGUUACUGAGGGAGUUUGGGGAUAGUUGGAAGUUCCAACCAAACUCCAUGUCUCUGAGCUACUUUAGAGAUCAGGUGGUUAUGAAUUUCAGAAGAGCUCUGUAUUAUUCUGGAAUUUCGGUGACGCAUAUUCGAGGCUACAAACCUCAAAAGCACUUUACAGCUAAUUAUUUUAAAAGAAACCCAGGUUGCCUACACCGGCUGGUUCCCUGGCUGGAAGGGGAACUAACAGCUGUUUAUGGAGAUUAUGGCUACACAGUGAAGAACAUCCUAAUCACCAUCCUCCAUCACAUGACAGAAUGUGACUUGGACAGUGAGUCCUUCAUUCACCUCCUGGAACCUUAUCUCUUACAACACACCCACCAUUUCCUACAUGAGUUUAUUAGUUUUGUUCAUUCACCUUACAACAUGGAGACCUAUGACCAGCAAGCCAUCUAUCAAUGCUCUGCUGCUUCACCAUGUGUAAACAAGAAGCCCCUUGUAUCAGCUCCUGUUUCACCUCUGCCUAAGGAUCACAGUCUACUGAUAUCUCAACAUAAUACAAAGCAGUCUAAAAAUACCCAGGGUCAAUGGAAUAAAGAGGAGAGGCCCCUGUCAGGCUUGAAACAGUUUCCAAAUGGUAACUCUUCCUUGAAGAAAUCUGAAAUCCCACCAGUCUGUGAUAAAACAGUAAGCAAAAUCUAUGGUGGAAUCAAAGACAAAGCAGAAUCGGGUGACCACAAAAGCAUCAUUUCUAUGAAUAAUAUACUCCAGAAGUGGGCUACUCCAAGGGAAAGGUGCCCAGGCCUACUGAAUUGCAAAAAAAAAGUUCAAGAGAAAAAGACAGAAGGGAUAAAGUUGUUUCCUGAUCAUGUCCAUGAUCUGGGAAAGAGUGACACAACUGCACACACCUUCAGUACCCCAGCAAUUUCUAAUCAGGUGCAACCACAGAAAUAUAGUUUAAGAGAAAGAAAGGAUUUGAGCCUUGGCCAGAAGAUAAACUUUCAGAAAAAAGAAGAAGACAAUAACAAAUACUCAGAUUCUUCACCAAAGACCUUUCAAAGAUUGUCCAGAGAAAGAUCCUUGAAAAGUUGCAAAUCCAGAGAGAGAGACCCCUCUUGGAGUUGCAUUUCAGAAAAUGCCUUUUCUCCUAAGAGAGAUGGCAGGAAACUGAGUUCUUUCAGAAAAAAGAGGAUAAAGUGUAGACAACCCUCCCAAUUUGUAGAAAUUGGGUCACACUCCAGGAGAAGAAUCCAAAGACGAUCAAGGUCCAAUACUCACAGAUCCAAAUCCUGGUGUGUUGGAUCUAGAAAGAGAUCUGUAAGCAGAGAAUCGAGUAAUCUCUCUCUGAGAGGAAGUCACAGAAGUGAACACUUCACCCAGAAUAUAUGCUGUGAGCCCUCAAAAGACAAGCAUGCCCAUGGCAAUGAAUCAGACUGUGGGAGGCCAUCUUCAACCACAGUCCAAUACGUGAAGCUUUCUUCAACUGCUGGGAAGAGACCCAAGUGUGCUUCUAAAAGUGAAGGUACUUCCCAAGCAGGAAGACGCUGUAACAGUCCCACAUGCCUACAGCUCCAGAAACACAGAUCCCCAAGUAAACAGGAGAUAAAGCAAGAAACUACAUUUCCUAGAGCUAGAAGAACCAGAGCAGUUAGGCACAGAAAAACCAAAUGCCAUUAUUCAGAUAUACACACCACAGAGGAUGUCAGUGAUGAAUUGGGCAAUCUGGAUGAUAUAAGACAAACGAGUGGUCUGAGUGUGCACCCUCCUGCAGGAGGCAAAUCCACGAAAAACAGCAUUGGAAUCUUCAGAAUAUUUACUGGGUCAAGAAAGAAUACAAAAGAGACAUACUAUCAGAAACAUUGGUGCAAAUUGUUUUAAAAGUCAAAUCAGUCUACUAAACUAGCCACCAAGCUAGUUAUUCAUACAUUCAAAGAGUAUGAAUAUAAUCUAAAAACAUUACUGAAAAGAUUUAUCACAUCGCUUUAUAACUGAAAGUAAAAGCCUGGUUAUUAAAUUCAAAGUUGACUUUGGAGACAAAUGCAAAUCAUUAAAUUGGUCAUAUAUGUAAAUAUUUCUCCCUACUUUUUUUCUUAUGAAAUCAAUUAUUAAAAUAUUUGACUUAUUUUUUGUUCCUAGAUUUAACUGUAAAGAUUGACUUCUCAAAGUUCCAAACACCCUGAAGAUUAUACUGACAAUAAAAGCAUAAGUUUCCUAACACAAGUUAUUCAUAUGUUACUAAACACAUGUCUUAUUGUAUUAGUUUGUUCUCACACUGCUAUAAAGAACUGCCUGAGACUGGAUAAUUUAUCAAGGAAAGAGGUUUAAUUGACUCACAAUUCAGCAUGCCUGGGGAGGCCUCAGGAAGAUUACAAUCAUGGUGGAAGGGGAAGCAAACACAUCCUUCUUCACAUGGCAGCAGGAGAGAGAAGUGCAGAGCAAAGGUGGGGAAUGCCCCUUAUAAAACCACCAGAUCUCAUGAGAAUUCACUCACUAUCAUGAGAACAGCAUGGGGGCACUGCCCCCAUGAUCUAUUCACCUCCCACAAGGUCCCUCCCCCAACACGUGGGAACUACAAUUUGGAUUACAAUUCAAGAUAAAAUUUGGAUGGGGACACAGAGCCAGACCAUAUCAGUUAUUUAAAAAACAUUAAUAUCUACUGAGGUCUAUUAAGUUUUAGACCUAAUGCAUUUUUAGUCCCUAGAAAAUAAAGGCAGGGUCACUGUCUUAAGGUAUAGGCAUUGCCUUAAGGUAUUUCACAGCCUAGUUAGCAAAACAGAUGUAAAUAAAUGGUAAAAAUGAGCAUUUAUGGAAUUUUUGGCACACCUUUUACGAUCACCCUCUCUUAAAAACUACACCUCCACAUGCCCUGACAUCCAGAUGCCUUUAUUAGAUGCCAUUUUUUUUCUUUUAGAUAACUCUGAUUCUCCAUCUAUAGUACCAUGGCUCAAUGAUGGUGGCUACUUAAGCCAAACUAAUCAGUAUUUUGCCCCUCUGGCCACACAAUAUAGUAUUUCCCUGGUAUUUCUCAAACUGGUCCUGAGCAAAAGGGUCAUUCUUUUUCCCUGUUAGCACAUGGUGAGAAAUUUAAAGUUUAGAUAUUAAGUUGGUGCAAAAGUAACUGCAGUUUUUGCCAUUAAAAGUAACAACAAAAAUUACUUUUGCAUCAACCUAGUACUAUCAAGAGCUGUAUUUCUCAAUAUGAGAAAGUCAGUUUGAGGUAAGACAGGAGAAAGCUAACAGAGUAAAGUGAGACAAGUCAGGUAAAGAGAGUCUUGGAAGUAGGACGUGGAUCUUCUAGAACCCGAGCUGUCAUUCUAUCUUUUAUGUGGUUGUAUUAUUUUAAACCUCCUUAAGUAUUGUGUCAGUGUAUUUCCUGUAUGCCUCCUUUAUUAAAUCAAGAUUUUAUUCACUUUCAAUCAAGCAAGGCACUGGGAAUUGGCACAAUGGAAGUCUGUUAGAGAAUGAAGAGGGAGUAAUAAUUGUCUUGGGGAAGUUUCUGAAGACCUUUCGGAAGUCAUAUAUGGGUAUGGUCCUAAAGGGUGAGUAGGAGUUUACCAGGUGACUUUAGUGGCAAGGGCUAUCAAGAAAAAGGAGAGACUUGAAGAAAAGGAAGAAAAAUGAAAUUUUCUAGAACGGCACUUCUAGUGUAGCUGGAAAAUGCUGAGAGAUACGCUGAGAAGGGAAGUUGAUGCCAAGCUUUAAACAGGCAUAAAACCAGCUGAGUCUACAGCAGUCACAAAGCACCUAAAGUUAGCACAAGA